UCAAUUCCCUUUACAUUUACAUUCUUUCAAGAGCUGUGCUUUCUUACUUCAUUACUUUAACCUAUAGACCUAACAGCUUGACGCUUAUCGCCAUACCUCUUUCAUCAUGAAGAACUUCGGAUCCAUCUUAGCAUUCAUUGCUAUUUCUGCCACACUCGUUUCUUCUCGAGCUCUGCCAGAGAGCGAGUCUGAUCUCAUUGCUAGAGCACCAGUUCCAAAUGUAUUUGAGUUCUAUGCUCGAUCACCAAAAAACAAGCAAAAUGACGGCGACGAUGACGAAGAUGACAAUGAAGACAACGAUACCGACGAUAACGACAGUGCUGCUAAUGCAACAACCAAUGCUGCCGCAGAUAGUCCAAAGGCAAAGGGAACUGCCAGUCUCAAUGUAAACGCCGCAGCUUCAACUGAAACUGGAAACAAAGGCAAGGGAAACAAGGGAAGCGCAAAGGGAACUGGUGGCGUAGCACAAGCAAGUGGUGCAGCGAAAGCAACUGGUGCAAAGGCAAAUGGUGCAGCAAAAGCAACUGGUGCAAAGGCAAAUGGUGCAGCAAAAGCAACUGGUGCAAAGGCAAAUGGUGCAGCAAAAGCAACCGGCGCAGCAAAGCCAAAUGGUGCAGCAAAGGCACCCGGCGCAGAACCAGCGGCAGCUACCUCAGCCGCCAAGGCAGGAAAAGGCGAUGCCGAUCCCGCUGCAGCCGGAGCUAGCACCGGCGGCGAAUCUCUCACCGGCGAGAUUCAGAGCGAGCUCAGUUCACUAGGUCUCCGUGGUCUUCCCAUCCUUGAAUCAAGAAAGAAGAACAAGAAUGGUACCGCUGAUGCCACUGGUACUACUGGUGGUACCAAAGCUGCUUCGACCGGUACCGGAGGCAAGAAGGGUAAAGGUGCUAAGGGGGCUGCUAAGCCUACGGGUGCUAGUGUAGCUUCCGGUGCUGCUGCGUCUGCGACCGACUAGUGUGCCUUUCUUUUUCUUUUUUCUUUUUUGGGGGGUGUUUGAAAUGGAUUUGGGAGGGCUCGGUUGGAAAAUCAAAAAUUGGACCAGGCGGUUUGAUACCAGUCAACUGGGUUGAUGUCCACAUGUUAGACUUUAGACGAUAUAGAGUUCCGAGCUAUAGACUGAAUGAAAAGCAAUUUUUAAU